UUUACUGUAAGAACGUCAUUUCUCUAAGCUGUCCAGUAAGACAGAGAGCGCAGAUAUUCGCGUUUGUGCCGUUAUAGUAUUGUCCCUUUCGUUUCGGCGACUUGGGACAACAUCGACAUUAUUUUAGUGGUGUUGUAACAGUGCGAGCGGCAGGUUGUACUUGUGCUCUUGAAGAACGUCAUUUUUUACGUAAUAACGUUAUUGCCGUCGACAAUGGUGUUUCCACAUACCUCAAGAGGCAAAAGAAUUUUGGCAUUGAUUGACAAGCAUAAUAAUUCACCCAUUGAAGAGGUUACGCCUAAUGAUACCAGCGAUGAAAAAGCUAACCAAACAUCAUACGAGGUGAAAAGUUUACCUAAUGAGAGUAGUUCUUCUUGCAGCUCGUCACCUAAUUCAAAUUCAUCAGCUGAUUCAGACUCAUCAGAUGAAACGUUUAUUGAAGAUAGUGAUGAUUCUGUCAAAGAUCCGAUGUAUAUUCCACCUGAGCAACUUUUUCAGCAGAAACGUGCUGAGUUCAUAGAGACAAUUGAGUGUUCAACUCCAUUACCAUCUACUUCAACGGCAGAUAGACUCAUAACUCUUUCUGAACCCCCUCCUCUCCCUUACCAGCGUAGUCCUGAGUCGCUAGUUGAACAGAGAAAUAAGAAUUACACUGCAACUAAUUUCGAUAGCGUAAACCCAUUGUCAUCAACUUCAAUAGAAAAUAGUAUCAAAGCUUCAUCUCCUGCAAGUCCGAAGGCAAAAAAAGGAAGAAAACGCAAAAGGAAUGAAGAAAAUUGGAAGAGAAAUGUAAACAAAAUGCUGCGAAAUACUGGUAAAGCUUAUAAAAGUGCUAGCAAUAAAAUAAAAGAAGAAAGAAAAAUUAAAGAACCGUGCGGAGAUAAAUGUCGUUUACAAUGUAAAUCUAAACUAUCUGAAGAUGAAAGGAUGUUAUUAUUUAAGAACUACUGGGCGUUAGGUGAUAACAAAAAACAAUGGGAAUACAUUUCAAAGAGUAUGUCAAUCAUUACACCAAAAUAUCGUUACAUUCGUGAAGGAGGAAUAAGAAAACCUCGUAAUAAGAAUCACGCAUUUCAUUUUAAGUUACCCGAUAAAUCAGUGAGAGUUUGUAAAAUAUUCUUUAAGAACACCUUAGGUAUUAAUGACCGGCCAAUUCGCACCGUUUUAGAAAAAGAAGAUCAAGUGGCAAAUUGUCUAUUGGCUGAUGACAAGCGCGGUAAACACGACAAACAUCCGCGGGUUGACGAAGCAAUCAAAAAUGGCAUUCGUGAAUACAUAGAUGCGAUACCAAAAAUCGAGUCUCACUAUACAAGAUCCAAUACAAGCAGAGUUUUCAUAGAUGGAAGUAAAAAUAUAGCCGACAUUCACAAAGACUAUGUGGCAAUUCAACAAAAAAAAAUUUACCUUUCGGCAAUUAUGUCCUUUUUUACAAAAUAUUUACUCAAGAAUUUAAUAUAUCUUUUUUUAGCCCAAAAAAGGAUAUGUGUGAUGUGUGUGCUGCCUUUGAAAACUCUGAUAAUAAAGAAAACCUAA